AUGCCUCUGCAUCAGUAUGAUUACAUCUUUGCCAUUGGCACCAUCUUCGCAUUCCUCGAUGCGUGGAAUAUUGGUGCCAACGAUGUCGCCAACUCAUGGGCGACGUCGGUCUCGUCACGGUCAAUUUCCUACAUUCAAGCCAUGACCCUAGGGUCCAUCCUCGAGUUUGCCGGUUCCGUUGGUGUCGGCGCUCGCGUCGCAGACACCAUUCGCACAAAGAUUGUGGAUAUUGACCUUUUCGAGAAUGACCCGGCUCUCCUGAUGCUUGGAAUGACAUGCGCCGUAGUGGCCUCUUCGAUCUACCUCACCAUAUGCACCAAAAUCGGUCUCCCGGUAUCAACAACUCACUCCAUCAUGGGCGGUGUCAUCGGCAUGGGUGUCGCACUGAUCGGUGCCGACAACAUCCACUGGGUUUCCUCGAGUGGCAGCAUUGACUCGGGUGUCGUCUCUGUCUUCCUCGCCUGGAUCAUCGCUCCUGGUAUCUCUGGUGCAUUCGCAGCCAUCAUCUUCACCAUCACCAAAUACGGCGUCAUGUUGCGGAAGAAUCCAGUCAUGAAGGGCCUGGCCCUGGUACCCGUGUACUUCGGCAUUACCGCUUCCCUCCUGACCAUGCUGAUUGUCUGGAAGGGUGGAUCGAUCAAGGUUAACUUCAACGAUGCCGAGACCGCCGGAAUGAUUAUCGGAGUCGGUGCCGCCUGGGCUCUCAUCAUCACCAUCUUUUUUCUCCCUUGGCUCUAUCGCGUGGUCGUCAAAGACGAUUGGGAACUCCGCUGGUAUCACAUUGCCCUUGGCCCUCUUUUGCUCCGUCGCCCUGAGCCUCCUGUUCAACCUGAAGGCUACGGCGGUGGUAUCCGCGACUUCUACGCUGGGCACAUGACCAAGGAGGAGCUUGACGUAGCUCGCAGUGGCGGCGUUGUUCAAACCCACAGCAACGACAUCGAGACUGGCUCUGCCGACGGCGAGAAGAAGGUUGCCCAAGAUUCUACCGACUCCCCUGCGGCCUCCCCUCGUCCCAAAGCCUACGUUCAUAAGCCCAUCGUCGGACCCCGUCCCGAGGGCCCCUGGUAUACUGGCGCCGUCCUCUUCUGGAUGGUGAAGAAGGUUUUCCUAUCCGGUGUCGACCAGGACAUCAUCAACAUGCAGAAGAAGGAGAGCGUCCUCACCGGCGACUUGGAGGAGAUGCACGCUCGUGUCCAGCACUACGACAACAAGGCCGAAUUCCUGUACUCCUUCAUGCAAGUCAUGACCGCAUGCACUGCCUCCUUCACCCACGGUGCCAACGAUGUCGCCAAUGCCAUCGGGCCCUACGCCACCAUCUUCCAGAUUUGGAACACAGGUGUUCUCUCGGGUAGCAAGUCCGAGGUGCCCAUCUGGAUUCUCUGCUUCGGCGGUGCCGGUAUUGCUCUGGGUAUCUGGACCUACGGAUACAACAUUAUGCGCAACCUCGGUAACCGCUUAACCCUUCACUCGCCUGCCCGUGGGUUCUCCAUGGAGUUGGGUGCCGCGUGCACAAUCAUUCUGGCUACGCGUCUCAAGCUUCCCGUAUCGACCACGCAGUGCAUCACUGGUGCUACCGUAGGUGUCGGCCUUUGCUCCGGUACCUGGCGAUCAAUCAACUGGCGUAUGGUCGGCUGGAUCUACAUGGGCUGGAUCAUCACACUGCCUACUGCCGGUAUCAUCUCCGGCUGUCUGGCGGGCGUCAUUGUCAACGCCCCCCGCUGGGGCAUGGCAAGCUAG